CGGAAGGACGCGCGUAUGAUAUCGCAUGACUCUUUUAACUCGGAAAGCUCCGAUCCUCACUAAAAAAAAAAGUCGCGGGUCGCGUCCCAACGCUCGCCAGUGACGUCUAGCUAGAAGUGUCUGUAGGUUUUGAGACGCGGCCAUUGCGCUGAGCUCAGUCGGGAAUCUUCGCCGUUCUCUUCUUCCUUGACUCUGAUUUUUUAGGGAGGAGCUGUGACUGUCGGGAAGAUCUGGAGACUUCGCCUGAGGACGACAGCAGUCUUUCAACAGAAAACAGAUGCAUGCUUGUCUGCAGACAGUGUUGAUGUCCUGUGCUCAGACUGUAAUACUGACCGCUGUGGUCUGUCUGUAGGACUGAAGGACAGUUAAAUAUGGAUCCAGCAUCUCUUCCAGAGCAGCUGUCAGUUGUGAGCGAACAGGUGCUGAACUCGUCUGGCAGAUCGGUUACCGCAGCUGUAAGUCUGCGCCGCUUCCUCUGCUACGGCUCUGAGAGCGCCACCUACAGCACCAGAGAGUGUGCCCUGGGCACGGAGAGCGCCCUGGCCCUGAUGCAGCUCGUCGAGGCGGGACGGGGCUGCGAGGUGGUGGAAGAGAUCAGACGCUCCAGUCUGGAGGGCCGAGCUGUCCGCGUGAGCCCCAGCCUCUUCGCCCUGGCCGUCUGCUCGCAGCACGCCGACUGCAGGACCCGGCAGGCCGCCCUGAAGGCGCUGAAGGACCUGUGUCGGACGCCCGCGCAGCUCUUCACGUUCGUGCAGUAUAAGAAAGAGCUGAGACAGGGCUCUGGGAUGUGGGGCCGGGCUCUGAGGAGGGCCGUGACGGACUGGUACAACAGCCAGGAUGGGAUGAGCCUGGCACGGACCGUGACCAAGUGCAAGCACAGAGCGGGCUGGUCCCACCAGGACCUCCUCAGGCUGUCCCACAUGAGGCCCACCAAUGACACUGUUGCGGUUGUCUGCAAAUACAUCACGAAAGGCUGGAAGGGUGUCCAGGAAGCGUACGCUGAUAAAGAGAACUCCGAGGAAGUGCAGAAGGUUUUUGGGUAUCUGGAGGCUGUGGAGAAAGCCAAGCACUGCGCCGAUGAACAGGAGCUCAUUCAUCUCAUCGAGGAGCAGAGGCUGGAGAAAGAGCAGAUCCUCACCAACCACCUCAAGUCCAAAGAGGUAUGGAAAGCACUGCUGAAAGAGAUGCCCGUUGCUGUUUUAUUGAAGCAUUUGGGGAAGCUGACAGCAAACAAGGUUCUGGCGGCAGGAAGUGCGGAUGUCGCAGCUGUUUGUGAGAGGAUUCAGGAUGAGACGGCUCUGAAAAAGGCAAAAACACACCCGUUCAACAUUCUCGUGGCGUCUGAAAACUACAAGAGAGGUCACGGGAAGCGCAGCAAGCUGAAAUGGGAUCCGGACAGAGACAUCGUUCAAGCCCUGGACUGCGCUUUCAGCAAAAGCGUUUCGACCGUGGAGGCCACGGGCAAGCGCUUCCUGCUGGCGGUGGACGUCAGCUCUUCUCUGAGCAGCGUGACUCACGGCAGCUCCAUCAGCACCGUGGCGGUGGCAGCGGCUAUGUGUUUGGUGUUUGCACAGACGGAGCCAGACGCUCAGAUAGUGGUUUUCUCUGAAGGAAGCGUCCGUCCCUGCUCCGUCUCUUCUGAAAUGACAUUCAUGCAGGUAGCAGCACAGCUCAUCCAGACCCCCGGUGGAAGCACGGACUGUGCCUUACCCAUCACCUGGGCCUCAGAGAACGAUAAAUCUGUGGACGUCUUCAUCAUUUUCACUAAUAAUCAGACGUUCGGGAGGGAAAAUCCAGCUGACACACUGAAGACGUACAGACAGAAAAGCGGCGUGUUCUCCAAGCUGAUUGUGUGUGGGUUGAUUGCCAGCUCCCUGUCCGUCGCCGACCCCGAGGACCGCGGCAUGCUGGACGUCUGCGGCUUCGACUCUCAAGCGGUCGAUGUCAUCCGUAACUUCGCGCUCGAUGUCAUUUAAAAGCUGUUUGUUUCGUAGCGUGCGGACGGUGUUCUCAAAAAGGACAAAGAGACAUGAACGUACCCCAUGCAAAAAAAAAAAUUAAUUUGGAAAAUCGUGUUUUUGCAGGUUUUAUCCGACUGGAUGUCCAGCAGGCUGGAUCGUUUGCAGUGAAAACCGCAAAUUGACGAAAUGCCGAUUGUGUUUACUGAUGUUCAUUCGGUAUACUGUAUGUUUUUAACCUGGUCCUGUGAAAUAAUGCUCCUUUCUGAGAAGAGCUCUGACCUUCGUCGGAAGUAAUGUACUAUACUUUUAGAGGCCUUGCUCAUCGUGCGUAACGUCUGUGUGAUGAGAUGCUGUAAAAUAUCAAGCUGAAAGCGCUCCAUAGGUCUUCCGCAAAAAUCAGAGAGAAGUAUAAAGCGAAAUCCAUUCGCGAGGUCAUUGAAAAAGCAAAUCAAGCAGUCAAAUGUUCUCAUGUAGCCGAAAUGACUAGCCGGUAAUGUUUUAAUGUUGAAAUACCUCAAGUGUUCUGUGGUCCAGUAACUUGAUAUUUGAUAUACGAUCACAAAUAACAAUUAUGAUUUAAGAGAGACUCGACACUCAACAAGACUUUUUGGCACACUUUUGAUGAACUAAAUAGCAUUUAAAAAUUGUGAAAAAGAGACUGAAUUAUAGAGCUUGCAUUUUAUAUAUAUAUAUAUAUGUAUAU